AUGAACGCUAUAGCAGCCCGGGAUGCCUAUCCUGGCCUCGCGGAGCAGUCGUUCAACCCUAGACAUGCCGUCUCUUGGAUAGAAGAAAAGCCGGCGACCGCCCAAGUCUUGUAUGCCCAUGAUAUCUUCCAGGACUUGCUCCAGAGCGCCGCCAGGCCCAAGCAGUCGUCCGGGCACGCAUGUGUCAAGCUGUGUGGCUUCGUCGACCAAUGCGCCAAGGCCGAGUCUCCUGCCUUGCGAGAAUAUGCAUUUGCCGAGAAGACUGCCUAUGACCUCUUCAAUUUCUACGUCGAGUGGAACGAGCAAGACCAGCACCGCUCCAUGCGGCUUGUCCUAGAUCUCCUCAAGCUCUCCAUAGCAAAGAACCCGGACCAGGAGAUGGGCACGUCCAUCAAGACAAGGAUCUUGCAUGACACUAUUUCCUACAUCACUCUGCAGUCGACCAAACCCUCCAUCAAAUCUGCCCUGACCGCCUUGGACUACUUCUUACAAAAGAAGCUGAUUUGCCUGUCUGAUAUCCUGGGCACGUAUCGUCAGCUCCACCAGUCCCCGGAGCACGAUGUAGACUGGGACAGCUUCAUUGCGAAAGUGUUUGCGUGGAUGGAGAUGAAAAACAUCUGGCCCAUUGCUGGUAAGCUUCUAGUGAGCAUCUUCACAGCGCCGCAGAACCAAGACGAGGGGGCCAUGUUCCGCCCCGACUCAUGGCACAGAUUCUUGCACGCAGGUGUGACAGCGAACGUCGAGCUCCUUGAAGCCUUCCAAAUCUACACACUUAUACCCCUGUUCAAGACUGACAAGGAGCAAAUGUUGCAAUAUCUCGAUGACUUGUUCACCUUGCAGGGUCUGACAAAGGAUCAAACUAACCUUGAUAUCAGCUCGAUGAUAUGGCUUGCAGCAUUGGAGGCAGGGAAGAAAGUCGGCGUCCUUGGCGAGCCUGGUAGCGAAACGGAUGGUAAAAGCCACCUGCAACAGGGCGUACUCGAAGACAUCCUGUCUCAUACGUCGCAUGAAGCUCGUUCUUCCGCGGUCUCAAUCUUGAUCGCUUCACCUUCAACUACAAAACCAUAUACCACAGGUUCUCUUGAUUUGUUACGGAAACAUCUACCUGCAUUCCAUGCCGACACCGACGCAAAGUUCAGAUACGACGUGCUGGGUCUUUCUAGAAAUAUGAUUGCCCGCAUACUUGGGGCAAUUGCCGCGCUUCGUCGAGAUUGCGAGCGGAAGUUUAAAAAGACCAAGAAGAACGAGGCUCGAAGCGAUCUUCCAGACAGCAACUCGAAUGCGACCAAUGCCAUUGCGGAGUUGAAGUCUCUAUUACAGCACCACGAAGAGUUUCUGUCUUGGUAUUUGAGCUUCCUCAAGCACGAGUUGGUUCCUACCGCUUCUUACCAACGCCAUAUAACUUCUCUGAAGGUUAUGGAAUUCAUUCUGAAAUCAGGCCUGCUCAAGAGUUACCAUGACGAAACUCAGGAGUCUAAACUCAAGGUACCCCUCUUUGACACGACGUGGCUGAGAGCCGUCUUGGAUCUCAUCAUGGACCCAUUCGAGGAUGUUAGAGAAACGGCCGCAGGGCUCUUGCUGCUGUUAUCCUCUUCCGACGGAACAACGCUUCUAACAGACAUCCCAACCCCCAUGGUAGACAGCCUCGAGGAGUUUUGUACAAGGGCUAACACUCUUGCUCUGCGAACCUCGCGCGCCGACCAUUCGGACGGUGUUGCCAGGUCCUUCGAGGUCCUCUGUCACUGGACAGUAUCUAGGGAGGACAAGCUGGCUAUCCCAGGCAGAGUCUUGGAAGAUCUUGAGACAAAGCUCUCAGCAGCUGAGCGUGACCUUGCUUCAGCUGUACUGGAUGCCCCCAUUCAUGGAGGCUUUGCUGCUCUCCGCUACAUUUGGGGGUCAUUGUCUUCUGUUAAAUACACACAGGGGGAGCUUGACGUGUUGAGUUCCCUGCAGUCUCGCGCAGUUGCUUGUUGUCAGAGAAUUUGGUCUACGGUUCGAGUUGUUCUUUGUGACGACUCUCCUGAAGGCCAUUUACCCGAAGAGCUAGAGGAAGUAGAUGGGCUUGAUACGAAGGAUUUGCUGAGUUACAGCUUCCGUGCGAUCCACGAGUCCAGUCAUCUACUUCGUGUUAUUGCUGGCAACGCCAGAUCACCACAGAACGCCGGCCUCGUCAGGCCCUCGUCCGAUACGUUCGAAGUUAUCGGAAAUCUGACAUUCGAUCAGCUGUCCAAUCUCAGGCAUAGGGGAGCGUUUACUACCGUGUCCCAGACAUUUAGUAGCUGUUGCCAACUAGUCAAAUGGUUCCCAUCGCCUUCUGCUGACGUUCAAGGUCUUCUCGACCAGUGGUAUCAGGGUGCUUUGAAAUGUAUCUAUGGGCAAGCCUCAACAACAAGAAGGUCUGCGGGCAUACCGGCUCUUGUGGUUGGCAUUCUGUCGUCAAACGCGACGCAGCCUUCUUUCCAUACUGUCAUGCUUCAGCUGCAGGAUAUUGCGCGGCAAGAAGCGCGCAUCUCGGAGACGGAUGGUUCAAACUUGCCCCAAGUUCACGCUCUCAAUUGCAUCAAGGACAUAUUUAAGAGCUCCAUGCUCAGCAGAAGGGCGGAACCAUAUCUAACGGACUGCCUGCAACUUGCGGCAAGCAGUCUAAAAUCAGAAGUGUGGGCUAUCCGCAACUGCGGCCUUAUUUUGUUGAGGAGUCUUAUCGAUGUUCUCUUCGGAACGAGCGAGAGCAAAACCUCCAUGGAGGCGGGAUGGGACGGCCGAACAACAAGGAUUGCGUGGCACAAGUAUCCGGCACUGCCUGCUUUGCUUGUGAGCCUGCUGGAAGCUGGCCAGGUGAAUAUCGAUCUGACCAAGGGAGCCACGGCAGAGUCUGUGUUCCCAGCGCUAGACAUUAUCCGCCGUGCCGGGCCACCGCAAGACUUCAAGGAUAAGCUCUACGGGACCGUCUCGUGGUAUCUCGGGAGUCACUUCUGGCACGUGCGGGAGAUCGCGGCUCGGACGCUCUGUUCUUUCCUACUUCGGCCACAGUGGCUCGAGCCUCUUCGGGAUAUACUGAGAGAGUCCCAAUCUUCAGCUAACAAGUUGCACGGGGCUCUCCUGACGUUCAAGUUUCUCCUAGAGCGUCUGCUAGAUGCGAUGCCUGAACAACUUAUCAAAGAGUAUCCAGCUGGUCUAUUAGACCUUAUCGAAGAGAUACGCAGCGCAAAUGGCAGUUUCCAGACUUGCUCUGAAGCACGCGCGGUGUAUUACGAGAUCAUUACCUUUAUUAACGAAUUAUCUACAUCCCAGGCGCUGUCUAGCAAGUCACGGGAAGCGGUUCUCAUUGAGCCAGCCUCUGCUCAACUGUCAAACACCCAGCAACGACACAACCCGUCAGCACUGGAAUUAUCCAAGAAAGCACGGGCUUCCGCGGGAUACGAUCUACAGAAGGUGACGACCUCAUCAUGGAAGGGCUUGAACAUCGGUCUCAGCUCAACCAUCGAUGAUAUCAACGUAACAUGCGAUAUGCUGGAGGAGGUUCUGCUAUCGUACGAAGCAAACCAUCUGUCCUCUUUUGAUCAAGCCACAGAGGCGGCUUUGAUGGAAACAUGCAUGGCGACAUGUUCGGAGACAGACGCUCCUGAACUACGAGCCCUCGCCCUUAAGAUUAUUACGAUUCAGCUCGACAGAAUACUUGGACAGGGGUCGAGAGAUAUCCUCCCGUCAAAGGAGAGGCUUACUGCGUUAUGGGAUGGCCUGCAGACAAAGCCGAUGAACCCUGGGCUGGCAGACUCGGUCAUACAAGCCAGCGGGUCUCUUAUGGCUGCCAUAAUCAAACAGCAGUCUGAAGAUGGUCAAGAUCCCAGUCCGGCAAGUCACCUCAGGUCAUGGGGAGUGAUGAUCGCUCACGCCGGAUCCGUGGACAACGGCUUCGACACCCGCAUGUCCGGGAUCCAGGCCAUCCGGUCCUUCACAUCCCACACCGACCUCUCGGCCCCCAGCCCCGCCCACCUGCCCGUCCUUCUCGCGCUCUACGACUACCUCAACGACGACGACGACGAGAUCCGCGACGCCGCCGCCGCCGCCACGCUGCCCAUCCUCGGCAAGCCCCUGGUGUCCAUGGAAGCCGGGGCCCGGCUGCUGUCCUGGCUCGGCGCCCGCUUUGGCGACGACACCGAGUUCCGGGCCCACGUCGCCUGCCGCCUGGUCGGGCACCCCGCCGUCGCCGCCGUCGCCGCCGCCCAGACCACCGAGGCCCUCCUGCGCGACUGGGCCCCCGCCGCGGACCAGCUGGCCACGGCCCUGCGCUUCGACGACGCGCUGUUCGUCGUCGAGGAGCAGAACCUGUACGUGGACGAGGUGCGGGAGGCGCGGCGCUGGCGCGACGUGUACGUCCAGAUCCGCCUCGCCCCGUCCCCGGGGUCACAGGAGCGAAAGGAGGCCGCCGGGCCGGGGGUCGCCACCACCGCGGACGACGAGAAGCUGGUCGAGUGGACGACCGCGGGCCUGCGGACGCUGAUCCAGCUCGCCGACGCGCACCGCGACGACGGCGUGCUCGGCUGGACGUCCAAGCCCGAGGUGUUUGCCAUCUGCGCGCGCAUCGUGACCGCGGGCGCCGUGCUGGCGGACGCGCACCCCGGCGUCAAGGAGGAGCUGCGGAGGUUCGUGGAGAAGGGCGCGGGCAGCCGGGUGCAUGGGCUGUUGCUUGGGAUGUGUGGACGGGAGUGA